CAAAUUAAAUUAAUAUGCUUAAGCAUAUAGUAGUCAAAUGUUAUGAAAAAAAUGUAAAUAAUAAAUAAAUAAAAUUAACCAUUCAUAGAUAGAUCAUUACAAUAAUCACAAAAACGGAUACAUUUUUAUAAUAUUAAUAUCCUAUAGUUGUUUUUUAUAUUACAAGAAAAGAAAAAAAUAUAUAUUAAUUAGAUUGAUUUUGAAACAAUUGAAGUGGUAAACCAGCUGACUGCCUUUCUCAUGAUAAGUGGUGUUCAUGGCUUAUAUACAUGAACAACAUUAAGGACAUCACAACUUACUUAACAUGUCUAACAUCAACAUACUCUAGCCGUGGGAAAUAGCUGUAUAACUAAGAAUGCACUAGACACAAAUAGUACAAGAAUUGAGGGUUUGAAUUCUGUGAAGACGCUGUUGUAUGCUUCUAUUUUGCAAUCUAAUAUUAAUUUACAAAGAACAAUUUCAUAACGAGGUUAGUCUUAUCGUCGUGGGUUACGACCUAUUAAUCAAGUCACAAAUAUUGUAAAAUGAUCGUCGUCCAUAGAGUCAACUAAUAAUGUGGACAUUAAUCAAAUUUUCGUUCUUUAGUUUCCAUUUUAUUGCAAUCGUUAAAAAAAAUAUAGUAAGUUGUAAAGACCAAGAGCCGACUUUAUAUUAUUAUGGCUCGGAAAGCGAACGUAGUCUACCAGAUUGCGAGGAGAGACAAGCUUGCUCUACGCUAUUGCUGCGGUACUGGCAGGCGCCGGCCCUAGUUCGACUAUGUCGCUGUGCGAUGCGCAUGCGCUGCGACACCAUAGCAUCACCAAACUCCCUUAUAGAACUCAACAAUAGGGCUUACUUUCAGUUCUGUAAACCUGUCACUGACUGGCCCGAAUGUUCAGAAACUAACUCACCGCUAGUUGUAGAAAUGUCUUACGACCGCAUGAGCCCUGAUGAGCUUGAAGAAAUGCAUCAUAGAAAUAUUGAGCCAAUACCACCAAAGAUUACAUUUAACUGCAGGUGCCAUUACCCUAAUUAUUGGAGAUUAAAAUCUAACACAGAGGAUAACGAUAGAGUACAUGUUUACCAGUGCUCUUUCCUGCCACUGUGCGAAACAGGUGAAUUUUGCGGAAAUGUCAAUUAUGAUCUUAAUGCUUUGUAUCAGUCUUGCUUAUGUCCAAAAAAUCAUAUAUGUGUGCAUAAUGGUGGUAUUACAUAUGAUUAUAUUUCGGAAUUACUGUAUCGUGGCAGAGGAUGGAAAGCAUACUGCCAAUCUAUCAAAAAUGACACAUCUACAGAAUACGAAAAUUACUGAUUUUAAUUUAUUAAUUUAUUUAACUUCAAUGCACAAAAUUAAAGUGUAUAUAUGGCGACUUAACACCUUGCAGCGUUAUCUACCAGUCAACCAUAAGUAAUGCAGAGAAAGAUUGUUGGCAGUGCACUAAUAUAUAAGGUCAUAAAAUAUAUAAGGCAAAAUAUAUACAUUUUUUAUAAAAUAUAAUACUAUAAUAUAAAUAUAUAUAAAUACUAAU